UUAACAAGCAUUAGACGGGCUCAGACUAGGAAAACCAAGCAAUAAUUCGAACAACGGCUGCUACUCCGAAUUAAAACAAGGAUAAGCACACGCCUAAACCUCUUCUUCCCUUCUGUUAUUUUUAGGCCAUUCUAUGAGGAGCCUCGAAAGUCUCCCAUCAAAUCCUCUCCACCUCUCCUUCUCCCUCUCCCUCUCCCCGUCUCCAUAUCCUCACAUAAUUCCUUGUUCUACAGAAGAAUUCCAUGAAGCCUCGCCCCAUCGAGCUUCCCAUCGGGAGGCUGCCCUUCCUCAAUUUCUUCUCUGUUCUGAAAGUUUUCUUCCUCACGGCUCUCCUCGUCCUCUUCCUCAAUGUCACCUUCACUCUCUACACCAAUGUUUCUACACGUUACUACACCUAUCCUCAUCCCCCUUUCUUAAGGAUUACUUCAUCCUCCACCUUCUCCUUUUCUUCUUCCUCCACUUUUUUCUCCACUUCUUCCUCUCAUCAUGAUCCUUGUUCAAAUUCUCCUCCAUCUCCUUCUAAUCCUUCCUCCCUUAUUCAAUCAUCCCCACCUUCAUCUGAUUCAUUGCCUUCUUCUUCCUCCUUCUCCUCUUCCAAUCCAAAACCAACAUCUAUUGAUAAACCUUCCUCCUCAUAUUUAAACUCGAGUCUGCCAUCAUCCUCAUCAUCUUCUCCUCCAAAUUUAAGAGGUAAGAGGAAGGUAUUAGUGAAAGGUUGCGACUUGUCGAAAGGAGAAUGGAUUCGGGAUCCGAAGGCGCCAUACUACACAAACUCAACGUGUUGGACGAUACAGGAACAUCAAAAUUGCAUGAAAUAUGGAAGGCCGAAUCUGGAUUUUUUGAAGUGGAGGUGGAAGCCAGAUGGGUGCGAGUUGCCGCUCUUAGAGCCGGCGGAGUUUCUGGAGUUCAUGAGAGGGAAGAACUUGGCUUUCAUUGGAGACUCCUUGGCAAGGAACCAAAUGCAGUCUUUGAUGUGCCUUUUAUCUAGGGUUGAAUAUCCACAAGAAAUUUGGCCUCCAGCAGAAAAUGUGACCCAAAUGAUCUACAAAAACUAUAAUUUCACCAUCUGGGCCUUCUGGUCCCCUUUCCUCAUAAGAGCCGAGGAGACAACGACGACUAACAAGUACGACAUGUGGAAUCUAUAUCUCGACGAGCCCGACCAACUCUGGCAACGCCAAAUGGCCAAAUUCGACCACAUCGUCCUCAACACUGGAAACUGGUACAGCCGGCCCGCUCAAUUUUACGCAAAACAAAAGCUCAUCGGCUGCCAUUACUGCCUCUUCAAGCGCACGCCUUUCAUGAGCCUCUACAAGGCUCACCGACAAGCCUUCCGCACUGCAAUGGAUGCCAUUGUCGACAACAAGCAGGGCUUCAAGGGGCUGACCAUCGUGCGGACGGUUUCGCCGUCGCACUUUGAAGGUGGGGAGUGGAAUAAAGGUGGAGACUGCCGGAGAACGGCGCCGUUCCGGCGGGGGGGAGCGAAGCUCGUGGGAAUGGAUUUGGGGUUGUAUAAGGAUCAGUUGAAGGAGUUUUGGAAGGCGAAGUGGGAGGGGAAUGAGAAGGGGUUGGAGUUCAGGCUGUUGGAUACGACGCAGGCAAUGUUGUUGAGGCCGGAUGGGCAUCCGAGCAGGUAUGGACAUUGGCCGCGUGAGAAGAGGGUUUUGUAUAAUGAUUGCGUGCAUUGGUGUCUUCCGGGGCCGGUGGAUAUGUGGAAUGAUUUGUUGUUUUUGGUGCUGAGUGUGUGAUGGGAUUGUGGUGAGUAGAAGGGGGUAGUUAUUUUUCAUUAAUUUGAUUUCUUUUAUUCAUUUUUUGAGGUAGAGUUGCACUA